AUGGAGAUGCAUGUUGAAAAUGAUAUUGAGGAAGAAUGUACAUUUUUUAUGGAAGUAGAUGAACCACGAUCAGCCACAAUUGUCACUAAAAAUAUUGAUUAUUUAAAUUACCGUGAUCGUCAUCGUACUCAAGACGAAAAUAAGCGAUUCAUUGACAUGUUUCCAAAUAUUAAGCAUUUAAGCUAUCAUACUCUUCACAAGAACGAUUUUCAAAUGUUGAACUACAUUUGUGCUACAAAAGCCGAUUUAGAAUUUUUAGAAGUGUUUAAUUUUCACGAUGACGAGGAAGCAUUUACGAUUUAUUUCCCAAAUCUCAAAAAAUUAAAAGUAUAUGAUGUUGGUUUUGGCGAAGACUCUUUGUGUUCCUUCAUUUGUCGUCAUUCAAAAACUUUAGAGGAAAUAAACAUUUCUAAUGCAAAUGAAAUGACGGAACUGACUGGCAAGAAAAUAAUCAACUGUAAUAAUCUUAAACUAAUUUCACUUGGAAUCAAUACAAAUAAGUUGCAAACAUUUAUGAAUAUGUUUAAUGUCAUGUCAACUACCGACAAGCCUUUGAUGAUAAUUUUUGGAAAACUUAAAUAUAAAUUUUCCGAAGACAAGAUCUUCUGGGAUGAUCAAUUGAAAAGCUUUGUAAAAUUGGGUCUAGUUCCAGUCAACUUAUAA